GGCCCCGUCUCCAGCGGGAGCGCGAGACGCUCGUUAGGCUUCGCGGCGCAGCUCGAAAAUGAAAAAUCGCCCCCGGUUGACUUAGAUCCUCCCGAGCCGGCGCCGCGGCCGCCCCGCUCCAGCCCGGCUCGCCGCGGCUUCGGCUUCUCCAUUCCUCCGGAAAAAAAGCAAAGCAAAACAAAAAGCCAGCCAGCCAACCAAGACUCCGGUUUGUUGAUCGCCUGAUUGUUUUUUUUUUUUUUCACCGCUUGCGGGAUUCGCAAACCGCGUUACAUGCAUGUCCAGUGGGGGUAGGUUUAAUUUUGACGAUGGAGGGUCCUACUGCGGAGGCUGGGAGGACGGCAAGGCGCACGGCCAUGGCGUCUGCACCGGCCCCAAGGGCCAAGGCGAAUACACCGGCUCGUGGAGCCACGGCUUCGAGGUGCUGGGCGUCUACACCUGGCCCAGCGGCAACACGUACCAGGGCACCUGGGCGCAGGGCAAGCGGCACGGCAUCGGCCUGGAGAGCAAGGGGAAGUGGGUGUACAAGGGCGAGUGGACGCACGGAUUUAAGGGGCGCUACGGGGUGCGGGAGUGCACGGGCAACGGGGCCAAAUACGAAGGGACCUGGAGCAACGGGCUGCAGGACGGCUAUGGCACAGAGACCUACUCGGAUGGAGGGACGUACCAGGGCCAGUGGGUCGGCGGUAUGCGGCAUGGCUACGGCGUGCGGCAGAGUGUCCCCUAUGGCAUGGCAGCGGUCAUCCGCUCGCCCCUGAGGACCUCCAUCAACUCCCUGCGCAGUGAGCACACCAAUGGCACCGCGCUGCACCCGGACGCCUCCCCGGCCGUGGCCGGCAGCCCGGCCGUGUCCCGGGGUGGCUUCGUGCUGGUGGCACACAGCGACUCGGAGAUCCUGAAGAGCAAGAAGAAGGGCCUGUUCCGGCGCUCGCUGCUGAGCGGCCUGAAACUGCGCAAGUCCGAGUCCAAGAGCAGCCUGGCCAGCCAGCGCAGCAAGCAGAGCUCCUUCCGUAGCGAGGCCGGCAUGAGCACCGUCAGCUCCACGGCCAGCGACAUCCACUCCACCAUCAGCCUGGGCGAGGCCGAGGCCGAGCUGGCCGUCAUCGAGGAUGACAUCGAUGCCACCACCACCGAGACCUACGUGGGCGAGUGGAAGAACGACAAGCGCUCGGGCUUCGGCGUGAGCCAGCGCUCGGAUGGGCUCAAGUACGAGGGCGAGUGGGCCAGCAACCGGCGGCAUGGCUACGGCUGCAUGACCUUCCCCGACGGCACCAAGGAGGAGGGCAAAUACAAGCAGAACAUGCUGGUGAGCGGCAAGCGCAAGAACCUCAUCCCCCUGCGCGCCAGCAAGAUCCGCGAGAAGGUGGACCGCGCCGUGGAGGCCGCCGAGCGGGCCGCCACCAUCGCCAGGCAGAAGGCGGAGAUCGCGGCGUCCAGGACCUCCCACUCACGGGCCAAGGCCGAGGCAGCCCUCACGGCCGCCCAGAAAGCCCAGGAGGAAGCUCGGAUCGCCAGGAUCACUGCCAGAGAGUUCUCGCCUUCCUUCCAGCACAGGGAAAACGGGCUAGAGUACCAGAGGCCGAAGCACCAGAUCUCCUGCGAUGACAUCGAGGUGCUCUCCACGGGGACGCCCCUGCAGCAGGAGAGCCCCGAGCUGUACCGCAAAGGCACCACCCCUUCCGACCUCACCCCCGACGACAGCCCCCUGCACAGCUUCCCUGCCAGCCCCUCGGCCACCCCGCCACCGGCUCCGGCCUCCAGGAGCAAGGCGGCUCACUUCUCGCGGCAGGUGUCGCUGGACGAGGAGCGAGGUGGGGACAUUCAGAUGCUCCUGGAAGGCCGGGGAGGGGACUAUGCCCGCAACAGCUGGGGCGAGGAGAAGGCCAGGGGCUCCAGGGGCGUCCGCAGCGGCCCACUGCGCAGUGGCCAGCCAGCCGAGGACUUCCGCACCCGGGGCUCGGGCCACAAACAGCCUGGGAACCCCAAGCCCCGGGAGCGGCGGACGGAGUCCCCCACCACGUUCUCGUGGACUUCCCACCACCGGGCGGGCAACCCCUGCCCCGGGGGCUCCAAGCUGCCGGAGCAGGACGAGGAGCAGCUGAGCAACUACAAGCUGGAGAUGAAGCCCCUGCUGCGGAUGGACGCCUGUCCCCAGGAGGCGCAGCCCCAGAGGCGGCGCCACAGUCGGGGCGUCGGGGGCGACCGGCGCACGGAAGACCGGGCUUUCGGGCUGCAGAGACUGAGGCCUAAGGCCCAGAACAAGGAGAACUUCAGGCCGGCCUCCUCCGUGGAGCCCACGGUGCAGAAGCUGGAGAGCCUGCGGCUGGGGGACCGGCCCGAGCCCAGGCUGCUGCGCUGGGACUUGACCUUCUCCCCACCCCAGAAAUCCCUGCCUGUUGCACUUGAGUCUGACGAGGAGAACGGGGAUGAGCUCAAGGCCAGCACGGGCUCAGCUCCCAUUCUGGUCGUCAUGGUGAUCCUGCUCAACAUUGGAGUCGCCAUUUUGUUUAUUAACUUUUUCAUCUGAUGAGGUUGUUGCGAUGGCUGAAGUAACAAGUGUACAAAAAGGGAAUCCUAACUCAGACAGCCCCACAACUUCCAAGUCUUUUCACAGAAGAACAACAUGAUUGGGUAUUACUCACAGUUUGCCUUUUUUUCUGGGUAAUGUUUUUUGGAUUUUAGCCAAAAUUCUUUGCUUGUAUAACACUAUGCUGUGUGGCAUGGCAGGAGGCCAGCACGCCGACCCUCCAGCUUGAUGUGGAAAAAGAAGGGGUCCUGGCAAACCAGAAGCAAAAAAGCAAUGGUCGUCUUCAUCCUCGCCUUUCUAGUUGGGGUGUGAAAGGUGGCGGUGGCCAAGGAGGAGUCCCCCUGACAAGGGUGCCCGGUUAGCCAGGCAAGGUGCUGACACACAGUCAGUUAACUCUGUCUCUCCUGUUUGGAAUCGGUGACGAGUAUAGGCAUGGGGAAUAGGGUGUCCCACCCCGGCUGGGAGCAGCCCAGGCCUUUUUCUACCUUAACUCUGUGCUGCAUACUUACGGGAAGAGAAAUGUUUUCUCUUUCCCACAAAACAGACCACGACCCCACCCCUCCUCUUCUCAGCACUGCCCCUGGCCCUCCUUGUGAGGCUGUCUCCCGACACCGAGUCUUAAAGUCCUUAUUCUUCCCUGCUGUCCUCUGCUCACUCGUUGUUUGCCCCGUCCGGCCACCCUCCCUCCAGACCCAGGGAAGCCGUGCUGCUGAUGUUCAGGGCUGACCCUGAUCCGGUGGGCACAUCUGAACACUGAUGCCAUGGGGCUGUGCCCCAUGCCAUGGACAGUCCAACAGCACGCCUGGGCUCUGAGCAUGUGGCAUUUUUGCACUUAGUAUGCUUCCGUGUCCCUGGCAGUGACGCCCCAUGGCCGUCACCUGUUACUGACCUCCACGGGGUCUCCCAUCUUUGCACUGUGCCUGCAACUUCUUGUAACAGAUAUGCAGAUUCCCUCCAGACUCCUCAGUGCUACUCCAGAGCAGGCGUGGUCCUGGGACAGUGACUUUGAAACCCAGUGGCUUGAAUUUCCUGGAAAUUGUUGCAUCUCCCCCACCAACCCAGAUGUACGUAACUUGUUCCAGUCAAACAAAAACAGGUUCCUUAUGUCUCUGCCUUCUCUACCAGGGUUGUCUCCCCAUCCAAACAAACAAGGGAUGCCAGAACCUCUGGGGCCUGUGGCCAGCUCUCACGUGCAGACAUGCCUGGGUCUGGCCCGGGCACGUCAGCAUGCGGGGGCCCUUCACGUGAUUUCCCAUCAGUCUUCUUGGGUGCAGCCCGUCUUAUGGACUCUGCCUUGCUUUGCUUAUGUUUAGCUGUUUCUCUGCUACCUUUCGAGCAGAUUUCUUUACUACACUGCACUGGAUUGCUAUAUUUUUAAUCAGAAAUAAACUAAAGAUUAGAGCAUGUUCCAGUUACAUUCAGUUUUAUGGUUUUCCGUUAUCCAUCCACUGCCUGUUCCUUCUCAUGGGUCGGUUUGGUUUGGGGACCUAGGGGAGGGAGACUCUGUAGGUGACAGUGCAUUUCUGAUUGUUUCUAGGGGGUUUACAUCUUUUUGUACAUCUUAUUUUUCCGUUCCUUUUUUAAUAUCAAGUGGUUGCUGCAGACCUUAAGUGAACCAAAUAAAGAUUCCUGCUCUUUGCAGCUCUGAGAAUCAUCCAUGCUGGGAUAUGUGUUUUGUAAUUCUGUCUGCAAUGACCAGAGCUGUGUAUGUUCCAGAAACAGCAUGACACAACAGGUUGUCUCCCCACGCAGGUGGCACAUCCGCACACACACACACACACAAGAGACACACAGCAUGUGUGGCUUCGUGCCUAGGUGGCUCUCACAGGGAGUGACCAGCAUGGCACUUGUCUACCACAGGUGACACAACCAUGACACCAAACCCAUGGCCAGUGUUGCACCAGCAGCCUGCCUGUGCAGAGAGCAAAACCACAUUCCUGGUAAAUUUCAGGAUUUAUUGAGACUAAGAUGCAGUGGGGCGCAAAGACUCUAGAAAGCUGACCUGCAGCUGGUUUCCACACAGCAUGAUUAAAGAUAGAGGCACCCUGUCACCCCCGUGGCCAGCUCACUUUCUUUCCUACCUGUCCAGAGCCCUGGGUACACAUUAUGCUGAGCGAGAGGACAGCAGCAUUCAAGGCAGAUCAUGUGGCCCGCUGGCUGCCAGCGCAGAGCAUCUGACAGUUUUCAGACCCAGAGCAGACAGGUAGGCACCACUUCCCCACAGCUGCUUCUGUUCUCUAGCUAUGAAAACUAAACAACUUUCCCCAGAGCCUGCCUCUGGUCCUGUGGGCAAAGGAACAGCUCACGCCCCAGGCUCACCUCUCCUCUGCACCUGCCCUGGAGGGUGGAAGACACUUGCUGCCUGAGGCUGGUAGCUGAGGCAUAGUGUACACUGGCUGCCUUGUGCCUUUUGAAGUUUUGUUAGUGUGUAAAAAAGUGUUUGGAUCAUUUCAGGCAACUGGUAAAUCCUUACCCAUUCUUUUGGAGACUAAGUACUGUGGUCACGAGCACACAAUUCCCAGAGGUACAGAUUAGGCACACAGCACAGAGCCUGAAAUAACUGAUAAGGAAAAUGGUGACACAGGAAAACUGUGUGCAGCUAGUGAAAUACAAUGGCUGUGCCCAGAUCACUGUAGAGGACAGCCACCGAGACACAAGGCUGACUCACUCUCCCAUGUAGUACAACCCCUCUUCACAAACGGUAACUCUUCUGUGAAACUCCACUGAUGAGGUGUGAGCAGACGUGCAUUCCUACACGAGCUAGGCCCAAGACUCCUCAGUGACACCUGAGGCAAGACCACAGGCCUGUCUCUCCAGUCUGCAACACCGCCCCCCAUCCCCCAUGCCAUGGGUUUGGUGCUCAGAUACAGGCAGGGCAGCUACACAUCCUGGCUUUAAUUCUGCUUGCUCCUGCUCACCUGCAAACGGGUCGAGUUUAGACAGAUCACAUGCCCCACCCCCCCCAAUGAAGACUAAAGGUUGCUGCCAAGAGCCCACGGAGUGCUCAAAUGCCCAAGGACUACAGACAUCUAGCGCGCAAGUACUUGGGGGAUCCGUGUUUUGGGGUUGAAUCAGCACCAGUAUGACUCCUGUGGGCGGACUGCUCCCGUGUCCCCUGCAGGCUGUCUGACCAGAGGCUGCUCUACUCACACACCCAGGAACUCUGAUCUGCUUCAAGUCUUCCUGGGAUGGCUGUCCAUUCCAUCGCACUGUGCAAUGAAACUUCUCAUGAUGAUGGCCGAAGGGUGAGGGCAGCUUUCUCUUCCAGAUUAAGCUGCUCUGUUAACUCUUCUUAGGU